AUCAAAAAAUUGAAAAAAUUGAGAUUCCUGAGAAGAAAAACAUACCAUAUCAUUGCCGUCUGAUGCUCACAAAGAUCCUUUAUUAAAACUUUGACCAAAAUUGACAUUGAAGACCUAAGUUAAAAUAUUUGAAAAUGGCUCCCAUAAUCGGGGAUUUCGAAAAAGUUUGUCGGCUAUGUCUCCGGGAAGACGAUGGUCGUAAUAAAAUGAUAUCGAUAUUCGGACUUGAAGAGAUCAUCAAAAAAUGUGUACAAAUUGAAGUAUAUUUGGGCAUUGAUGAACCAACCAGUAUAUGUCCCAGUUGCAUGUUGAGUUUAGAUUCUUGGAGUAAAUUCAAAGUGUUGUGCGAUAAUACAAAUGCAUUCCUCCAACAAUAUAUUCAAGAAAAAAAUGAAUUGGUGUUAAAUUCUGAAAUAACAAAUUUGGGAACACUAGGUUUUACACCUUCUCAUAUGUCGGAUUUAAGCAUUGGUUUUUUUGAUUGUGAUUCCUUAUGGAAUAAUAUGUCACAACAAUGGAAUGAAAUUGAAACUACAAGUACAGAAUUGCCUGUUCAAAGAUCCACGAAAAAAGUACAAUCAUCUGAAGAUUUAAUUACAGAGACACUGUCUGGGAAAGAAUGUUUGGUUACAUCAUCAAAUGUAUUGCAUAAUAAAACUUGUAAUUCCACAAAGAAAUUUUGGUGGAAUCCUAAGGCUAUUUCUAUGAAGACCAUGCAAAAAAAGAAUGACAAACCUACUUCAAAUAAAGAAUUAUCAAAAUCAAUGAAAAAAUAUAAUCUAUAUUACCGUAAAAAAUAUUGUUGCAAUGUAUGUUCAGAAAUUUUUACAAAAUUUAAUGAUCUGAUAUCACAUGAUUCAACAGUACAUGUUGACCUGCCAAAAACCUUUAGCUGCAAAAAUUGUGGAAAGAUGUUUUUAACCAAAGAUCGUCUGGAGAUACACAAGAUAGUCCAUAGAGAGAAAUUGUUUGAAUGUCACUUGUGUCAAAAAAAGUUCACUUUAAAAAAGACUCUUGAUAUUCAUUUGAAUGUUCAUAUUGGUUCAUACACUUGUCAGAAAUGUGGCUACAAAGCUCAAAAUAUGUACAAUUUAAAGAUUCACGAAAACAGUCAUUCAUUAGCUAAAAACCAUUGUUGCAAGGAGUGUAAAAAAAGUUUUUCGACCUUAUCAUCCUUGCGUAGACAUGACCGUCUCAUCCAUGAAAAAAUGUUGUUGUAUCAUUGCGACCAAUGUGAAUUCUCUACUGUCCACCCAUCAAGUUUUAAGUACCAUAAAUCCACCCAUGUAUCAGAAUCUUUAGUUUGUGAUCAUUGCGGUUCUAGUUUUAAAAACAAAGAUUUGUUUAUUAAGCAUAAAAAAAUACACCAGGGCAUAAUUUUUAGUUGCACUCACUGCAAGAAAGUAUUUAAGAGAAAGUCAAAUCUUAAAGAACACAUUAGCAGUAGUCAUAAACUAGGACCUAUCAUUAAGAAACAUAAAUGUGAUGUAUGUGAACAAUAUUUCAUAAGCAUGAGGAACUUACGUAUUCAUAAAAAUAAGUUUCACACAACUUAAUUUAAGUUAAUUUUGAUAUAAUCAUUAAUUUUAUUUUGUUGCAAGUUGUUUGUUGUACUAGUUGUUGCUGUUAGUAAUGUAUUUCAUUUUUGUUUUGAUAACAAAAUAAAAAAAAUUUAAACAUCUGGAUACUUUCAA